GUCGGAAUGUUUUAUCUCUGUCUUUCCGUGCUCACCUUUGUCUGCUAUCAGGACGGUCGGCGAUGGCAGCGCGACCAGGCUGUGGUCCUCUCCGAUGCUACGCUUCGCGCGGCCACUUGGCUCGUCACCGCCGCUUACCUCGCUGUCGGCCUCCGCUCCCAUCGCUUCCCGGUGUUUCUUAGGAUCUGGUGGGGAUUGUUCUUCCUUAUGUCAUGUUCCUCCCUCGCCGUUGAUCUCUUCUACCUGCGAAAACGAGAUGCUUUGUCGAUUCCCGCUUGGGUGUUCGAUAUCGUUUCCGCUCUGUCAGCUUUUAUCGUCAGUUCUGCUGCCUUCUUUGGGAACAGCCGUGAGGAGAGAGCGGUGUCUGAUACCGAGGAGCCGCUGUUGAACGGCGUCUCUGCGAAUGCAGAGAGUUGCGCGGGAAACACCUCCCUUUUCGCCAAUGCUGGAUUCCUCAGCACGCUCACCUUCUACUGGAUUGGUCCGCUGCUCGCCGUCGGCAACCGGAAAACCCUCGACUUCGCCGAUGUGCCGCAUCUGGAGCCGCGAGAUUGCAUUGACGGAAUCUUUCCCAUAUUCAGAACCAAACUCGAUUCCUGCCCCGUUACCAGCAGCGCUUCUUCCGUAACCACAUUCCAGCUCGCGAAGGCGUUGCUCCUCACCACGUGGCAGCAAGCGGCGGUCACGGCUGUUUACGCGAUCGUUUACACCUUGGCCACCUACGUAGGCCCCUACCUCAUCGACUUCCUCGUCCGGUACCUCAACGGCGAACCUCUGUUCGCCGGCGCAGCCUACUGGCUUGUGUUGACCUUCGUUGUGGGGAAGCUCUUGGAGUGCCUGUCGCAGCGGCACUACUUCUUCCAGUUGCAGCAAGCCGGUAUCAGAAUCCGCGCCGCCCUCGUCGCCAUCAUCUACCAAAAGGGGCUCACCUUGUCGAGCCGAUCGAAGCAGAGCCAGACCAGCGGCGAGGUCAUCAAUCUAAUGAGCGUCGACGCAGACCGAAUCGGGCUCUUCAGCUGGUACAUGCACGAUCUCUGGUUGGUUCCCUUGCAGGUCGCGCUCGCCUUGCUCAUCUUGUACAUCAACUUAGGCCUCGCUGCUGGCGCCGCACUGCUGGCCACGGUCUUGGUGAUGCUGGCCAAUGUGCCUCUCGGGAAGAUGCAGGAGAAGUACCAGGGAAAGGUGAUGGAGUGCAAGGAUACGAGAAUGAAGGCGACGUCGGAGAUUUUAAGGAACAUGAGAAUUCUCAAGCUGCAAGGCUGGGAGAUGAAGUUCUUAGCGAAAGUAAUCAAGCUGAGGAAGAACGAGGAGAGCUCGUUGAGGAAGUUGGUCUACACGUCGGCUUUGACAAGCUUUGUCUUCUGGGGGGCGCCCAUAUUUGUGGCGGUCGCCACUUUUGGAUUCUGCAUGCUAGUAGGGAUUCCAUUAUCGUCAGGGAAGGUCCUCUCGGCGCUGGCGACCUUUAGAGUGUUGCAGGAACCCAUCUACAAUCUCCCUGACAUGGUAUCCAUGAUCAUCCAGACCAAGGUUUCUCUUGAUCGAAUUGCUUCAUUCUUAUGCCUCGAAGAGCUGCAAUCGGAUACCAUAGAAAGGCUUCCGAGUGGCUUUUCCGAGAUCGUAGCAGAAGUGGUAAAUGGAACCUUCUUGUGGGAUCACUCUUCGGAUGCUCCGACCUUGAAGGAUUUGAACUUCAAAGUGCUGCAAGGCAUGAGGGUUGCUGUUUGUGGCACAGUUGGUUCAGGGAAAUCGAGCUUGUUGUCGAGCUUGUUAGGUGAGGUGCCCAAGGUCUCUGGAAGUGUUAGGCUCUGUGGCACAACUGCUUAUGUACCCCAGUCGCCCUGGAUACAGAGUGGUAAGAUUCAAGAUAACAUUUUGUUUGGUAAGGAGAUGGAUCGGGAGAAAUAUGAGAAGGUGCUUGAAGCUUGCUGUUUGAAGAAAGACUUAGAGAUCCUGGCAUUUGGAGACCAGACAAUGAUAGGAGAGCGGGGCAUCAACUUGAGUGGGGGACAGAAGCAAAGGAUUCAGAUUGCCCGGGCUUUGUACCACGAUGCUGAUAUUUUCCUGUUUGAUGAUCCUUUCAGCGCCGUAGAUGCUCACACAGGAACCCAUCUCUUUAAGGAGUGUUUGCUUGGUCAUCUAGCUUCAAAAACAGUAAUAUAUGUCACCCACCAAGUGGAGUUCUUACCUUCAGCUGAUCUUGUCCUGUGCAUGAAAGAUGGAAGGAUUGUACAAGCAGGCAAGUAUAAUGACGUGCUAAACUCAGGGACAGAAUUCAGGGAAUUGGUUGGUGCUCACAGGGAUGCUUUGGCAGCACUUGACUCCAUUGAGCUUGGCAUUGGUGCUCCCAAUAACAUUGCACUAGUUGAUGACAGCGACACAAAUAUUGGUGCAGGAGCUCCCAGCCAAGGUGUUAACAGUGAUGAACAAAAUGGUAAGGCAGAUGAAACGUAUAGCCAAACGGGGCAACUUGUUCAAGAAGAAGAGAGGGAGAAAGGCCGUGUUGGAUUUUGGGUCUACUGGAAGUAUGUGACGAUGGCCUAUGGAGGAGCUCUUGUUCCUCUAAUUUUGUUGGGACAAAUUCUGUUUCAAAUUCUUCAAAUUGGAAGCAAUUAUUGGAUGGCAUGGGCAGCUCCCGUCUCAGAAGAUGAGCAACCUCCUGUUAAUGGAUCAGUGCUCAUCUAUGUUUAUGUUGCACUGGCUGUUGGAAGCUCCUUUUGUGUACUUGUGAGAGCUAUGCUGCUUGUAACAGCUGGAUACAAGACAGCAACACUUUUAUUUAACAAGCUGCACAACUGCAUUUUCCGUGCUCCUAUGUCGUUCUUUGAUUCUACUCCUAGCGGCCGCAUCCUUAAUAGAGCAUCAACAGAUCAAAAUGCUGUGGACACCACUAUUCCUUUCCAAAUUGGCACAGUUGCAUUUGCUUUCAUUCAACUUGUUGGGAUAAUUGUAGUCAUGUCGCAAGUUGCAUGGCAAGUAUUCAUUGUCUUUAUUCCUGUGCUUGCAACCUGCAUUUGGUAUCAGAAUUAUUACAUAGGUACAGCUCGAGAACUGUCCAGGUUGAAUGGUGUGUGUAAAGCUCCAAUUAUACAGCAUUUCUCAGAAUCAUUGUCUGGAUCAACAACAAUAAGAAGCUUUGAUCAGAAUAAAAUAUUUAUAAAAACUAACUUCAACCUAUCAGAUCAGUUUUCUCAACUAAAGUUCCACACUGCUGCAACGAUGGAAUGGCUUUGCUUUCGUCUGGAUAUGCUGUCGUCGCUUAUGUUUGCCUUUUCUUUAGUUUUCCUAAUCUCCAUGCCAAAAGGGGUGAUUGAUCCUGGUAUUUCUGGCCUUGCUGUGGCAUAUGGACUUAAUCUUAAUAUGCUACUAACCUGGUUGAUGUGGAGUCUCUGUCAACUUGAAAACUCAAUGAUAUCAGUCGAGCGAAUACUGCAGUAUACAACCAUUGACAGUGAACCACCUCUCUUGAUCGAAUCAAAUAAACUGGACUCAAGUUGGCCAUCCAAUGGAGAAAUUGAACUUCAUAAUUUACAGGUUCGCUACAGAGCAAACAUGCCUUUAGUAUUGAGAGGCCUGACUUGUACUUUUCCUGGAGGAAUGAAAACUGGAAUUGUUGGAAGAACUGGCAGUGGAAAAUCUACCCUAAUACAAGCACUCUUCCGCAUAAUUGAUCCAGCAGUUGGGCAGAUAGCUAUUGAUGGGAUCGACAUUUCCACAGUAGGACUUCACGAUCUAAGGUCAAGACUAAGCAUAAUCCCACAAGACCCAACGAUGUUCGAGGGAACUGUUCGUAGCAACCUAGACCCCUUGGAAGAGUACAAAGAUGAAGAGAUAUGGAAGGCCGUGGAUAGCUGUCAGCUUGGGGACGAAGUGAGGAAGAAAGAACUAAAGCUCGACUCUGAAGUGACUGAAAAUGGAGAAAAUUGGAGUGUUGGUCAACGCCAGCUUGUUUGUUUGGGUAGGGUGAUUCUGAAAAAAAGUAAGGUGUUGGUUCUUGAUGAAGCAACAGCUUCGGUGGACACUGCUACAGACAGUGUGAUUCAAAAAACCCUGAGGCAGCAGUUUUCAGAGUCUACGAUGCAAUUCCUUCUCUUGGACCAGGAGUCAUUGUGGAGCAUGAUAAACCGGCAAGGUUGUUGGAAAACAAGUCGUCCCUAUUUGCGAAACUCGUUGCAGAGUACACGAUGCGAUCGAGUGCAAGUUUUGAUGACCACAAUAAAUGAAGAUUGCCACUUCUCGUUGUGAAGAACAACUCAGCUCUGAUGAUGCCUGAAAAUUAUAUUGUUGGAUGAUCUGAAUUUGAUAGGACUCGUAGCCAACCUCAAGCAUACUUACGGAUGCAGUAAUCGUUCUUCCUCGGUAUCAUUUUGUCGACAUAUCCAUGAAUUUAUGGUGAAGUGGGGGGAUUAGGUUCACCUUCACGCAGGUGAUCUGUUUCAUAACUUUCACUAUGUGAUAUAUGAUUGAGGUAGUUUGUGUUUCAACUAAUUCAUAAAUGUAGUAAAAUUAUGA